ACCUGUUGGUUCAUCUUAGCAGUGCGUAAAUCGAACAAACAAUAAACACUCUAUCGAGGGUGUGUGAGUGUGUGUUUAUCUGCACCGUUUCCUAAAUAUUUGAACCGGUCACACCGGUCCACAUGCGCUAGCAGAGGGAAAACAAGUGCGCGCGUACAUUGCCAUUGGCGUAUUCCUGCGGUUUUUAUCAAAAGUGCAUUAAGGGCUUUUGCGGGAAACCCCCUAUAUCCCCCCUCGCCCGCUCCCGUCGUCUGGUGACAGAAAGAAAGUGCGCGAGUGCGGUUGUCGUCGUGUGAUAUCGCUGCGUAAACAUCGCGCACGGCCUUUGCGAACUCCUCGGCGCACGUACGGCAACCGUUUUGACAGCGCUUUCCAGUGGGUUGACAAUAGCAGCAAGAAUUCGGUUUUUGGUGUCGAUCGACCGUCCGGGUGAAACAAUAGAGGGAAAGGAAAAGAUUCACCCUCGAGAAGGGCGUGUUCUGGUGUGAUCAUAUCGACGUGUGAUUCGCGUGUGUUUGUUCUAAUCUGAUAAACAGAAGAUGGCUUUCUUCUUUAACUUUGUCGCAAUAAGCUUCUUCGUGUACCACCUGGUCCGGCUGAUUAUGUGGGCCGUGCUGGAUUCGGAUAUCGAGCUGUUUUUUCUCUCCAAACUCGGCAAACCCAUUUCUUCACUCCGAGGGAAAGUGGUUUGGAUUACCGGAGCGUCAAGUGGAAUUGGACGGGAUUUGGCGAUCGCACUGGCAAAACAUGGUGUAAAGCUGUGCAUCUCCGCUCGUAACAUAUCCGAGCUAUUAAAGGUGAAACAGGCCUGUUUAGCAAUAUCGAACGGAAGCCUCGGACCGAACGAUGUGUACGUGCUGGAGAUGGAUAUGCUGCACCUGAACCAUCACAAUGAUUACUUCAACAUGGUGCUCGAUCACUUCAAAACGGUGGACAUACUGGUGAACAAUGCCGGACGAUCGCAGCGGGCCGAAUGGGCCUCGAUCAAUAUUAAGGUCGACCGGGAGCUGUUCGAGCUGGAUGUGUUCGCGGUGAUCAAUCUGUCCCGCGUAGCGUUGAACUUUUUCGCACGCAACUCAAUGAAAGGCCAUCUGGUGGUGACGAGCAGUACGGCCGGACUGAUUGGUGCACCGAACUCGGGAACGUACACCGGUGCCAAACAUGCACUACAUGGCUACUUUGAGGCACUGAGAAACGAAUUCCCCAACGUUCACGUCACGAUGUUCUGUCCCGGACCGACCGCGACAAACUUCUUGCAAGAAUGUUUCACCGAUACACCUGGCGCGAAAUAUAACCAAUCCGUUCAACCGACCGAUCGUCGUAUGACGAGCGAACGCUGUGGACACCUGUAUGCCUUGGCAAUCGCGAACAAGACCCAUCUCAGCUGGGUCGGAACGUUCCCGAUUAACUUUCUGCUUUACAUCGGCUGCUACUAUCCAAACCUGAAACGAGUUCUGCUGAAAAUUGUUGGCAUGGAGCGUCUGCAGCGUGUUCGCGAUAGUCGGUAAAUUGGCGCUAAUGAAGAUUUAAAAUUGAAAAAAACACACACACACACGCACAGCUGCUGUAACAAACAACAAACGGUAAAGAAGCGGUCAACAUUCCAGCCAUGCCCCGACAUCGCCAACGUUCGUUUCUCGUGUUGCAUCCUGCAUCGCCAGCCCACAUCAACUCAACGUAUGCAAUUCUAGUGCAGGCCUUCAUUUAUGGCAUUUACUCGAUAUUUUCGUUUCGUAUUGUGUUGCCGUGUCGCCUAUUCGACAUCGACUAGAACAAUUUACUCUCUCGUUAUGUCACGAUAUUAGCGCACUGUGUUUGUGUCCACAUUGGUUUUGCGUUUUAACAUAAUUAUUUAAACACUAUUAUUAUUAACACUAAAUGUAACAAGGUUAUAUGUUUGCAUCGUUUCGUGUACAGGCAGCUUAACUCGCUUAACUGUGUAGAUUGAACAUGUUCUUUCGCACGCUCUUUGUUUGUAAAAUACUGCAUACACAAUGCUUUUUAGAGAAAUAUAUUUAUGUAAUAAAGUUAUGAAGUUUCUUUUUCACA